AAGCCGCUUAAUUCCCCACAUGGGGGUUAUUCGGGUUCCAUCCACGCAAUUUCCCCAUGUGGGAAUACGCCGCAAUUUGGACGGUCAAAACAAGAUGACCAGUCUAGGCCGUCCCGAAUCGACGGCUAGGAUGGGGUUCGUUGACGUCGGGGACGACGACCGUCGAUUCGUCACGUGGGGGAAUCGCACCAAAGGAACGCCAUCGUCGUCACGUGGGCUUUUUCCGCAGAUUAGACUGGUCGUCCAAUUUGACCUCGUGUUUAAAGUGCAACCGCGGCUGCAUAUAUGGGCGGUCCGCCAUUUAAGCCAGCGGGAAUAGUUAGGAGCAGUCGAGGUGGAGAGCAGCGGUAAUGGCAACGGAGCCCUUCGUCCCCUUCCACGAGGAGUACUUACAUGGGGUUGAUAACAGUCUCCUCUGGGCCUUGUCGCCGGAACUGCCCUUCGAUUGUACGGCCGCCUUCCCUGAGCUCAUGCAGGAGAUAGACCCGCCGGUUGCGCCGCCGCCGCCGCCGCCGCCGGCCCAUUGGAGUGCCUUCGGGAGGUAUGCCAGGUCGGAAGGUGCACAAAUGUCGGAGUGCUGCAGCUCAGAAACCAGAAGUGGCGGCGACGGUGGCCGGAACAUCCACCGGCGGGUCAUUGAGAUGUUGAGAAGGAUCCCGAAGGGGGAGGAGCCCAGCGGGGUGGAGACGAGCAGGGGUUUCCGGCAUAUGAUGAGAGAGCGGCAGCGGAGGGAGAAGCUCAGCCAAAGCUAUGCUGAUUUGUACUCCAUGAUUGCCUCCAGAUCAAAGGGUGACAAGAACUCAAUCAUUCAGUCAGCCGCUCAGUAUGUGCGAGAACUACAAGGGGUGCAGAAGGCGCUUCAGAAGCGCAAUGAGGAGCUCAAAGCAGAGAUACUAAGGAACAAUGCAACUGAUGGGGCCAAGAUUAAGAUCAGUGUGACCAAUCCAUCAUCUUCCAUCGACUCCAUGAUUGCGGCACUGCGGUGCUUAAAGAGUUUGGAUGUCAAGGCGAAAGCCAUUCGAUCUGAUCUCUCCAGCACCGAGUUUUCUGCCACUAUGAGCAUCGAUACCAAGAUGGCGACAGCUGAUGUUGAGAGAGUUGUACAGGGAGCUCUAAUGGAAGUCGAGAAGAAGCUUCAUCGCCAGCUUCCAGGAAUCAACACACGCUCACAGCAAUGUCAUGUGGAAAAUAUGAUCUGAACUUUUCCCAUACUUGGCAUGUUUGCCAUAUUUUUAUUCUUUCUUUCAACAAGCGACCUCCAAUCGCAUUCCAACUCUGUGUUGUUUUGUUUUGACUUUUCCUUAGAAGGUAGACAGUCGACCGGAGUUGUGGGUCCAUCCUCUGAAGCUGCACAGACCAAACAUGCUUCCAUUGAAAUGGAGUUGCAAUUUGGAUUUCCUUUCUGUA